UCUCUUAUACUGGAUGCUCGACAUGUGAUUGGUUUGUUCAAAUAUUCAAUAAUAUUUACCGCAAACGAUUCAAAGUAAGCAAAAUGGGUGUUUUUGGCUUGAAAACAUUUUUGAAAAGAGAAGAACGAGUUCAUAUCGUUAAUAUUAUUGAAGAAAUCAACAACUGGAAAAGUGGAAAUCCCGAUCAAACGCCAUUAAUUGUUGUCGAUUUUGGAAGCAUAUCACACUGGGCAUUGGCACAAAAUCCGAAAGAUACUAUUUGCGGUGGACGCCACAAAGUCGUUGCAAAAUCAUGGAAAGCAAUGAUCAACAGUAUCCAUAAUACUGGUUGCCACAUGGUGUUUUUUUCCGACUUAAAAAAUGAGGAAGGAAAAAUUUUGACAAAGAUUACUCGGAAGGACGAGGUUUUUAAUAGAUUUGCCAAUAUAUACGAUGAAAUUAGUGAUGGCAAAACGGUUGACGACAUUUUAGAUAGCAAAAAAGAUACGAAAGCAUUGAAAUGGUUUGACACAUUGGAAAGCAUUGCUGUAGAAUUCGGUGAAUUUCACGAUUCGGUACAUUAUGACUGUGAUUUGGAGUGUGCACAAUAUGCUACUCAGCAUAAUGCUAUGGCUGUUAUGUCACAAGACACGGACUUUCUCAUAUUCGAAGGCGCGUGGAAAUUAUGGUCACCGGAUAACAUUCCAAUUUCUCAGUCAAACGAAUUUAAAAUAAAUCAGUACGACAGAAAUGCGAUCAAAGAGAUUUUAUCGUUGGAAGAGCAUCAUUGGCCGAUAUUUGCUUCCCUUGCUGGGAACGAUUUAACUCACGAACAAUUUUUCAUAAGAAAACCUCAAAUUGAACGGGCAGCCAGAUGGACACGCAAAUUGAAUAGUGUUCAUCCUUCAGAUGCCGAUUUCCGACGUGUUGUCGCUCAAUUUCGCCAUGAUGAUGCUGCGAAAGCAAUAGAUCUCAUCAAGGAAAGUGUAAGAUCAUACGAUUUGAAUUUUUCACCCGUAAUCGAUGACGAUCCACUCAUUGAAGGGCUUUCGAAAACCAAGACUGGCAUAUUUCGAACGUACAUGACUACACUGGAUCGAAUAUAUUCGAUUGAUAUGAACUAUUACGAUCUGCGUGGUUGUGAGCAAGCCGAAUAUUUACCGAUACUUUUGAUUGACUGGACAAAACGUAGAGUUGGCAUUGUACAAAAAUAUAAACAAUCCGACGAAAAUCAAAUUGUUCUCACUUUUUUGGCGCAAAAGAAAUUCAAUGAAAAAUUUAAGGAAUACAAGGAAGAACCCGAAUAUCCCGAUUUUUCAGUGCCUCCUUUGAUUGAACUGUAUUUGCAUGAAGGCAAUAAUGAGAUUAUUGCAACGAAGUGGAAACUUCUCGCAUUCAUAAUGAAACUAUCUGAUGAUGAAGUGACUGCAAUCAAAGGGCUGCCAAAAGAAUUUAUUCUUAUAAGCACAAUAGUGUUCAUUUUGGUGAAGAGUCGAUUAAUCACUAAGAAGCAAGCUGAUGGAAUACUAUACACCGCGCAUAUGGUUCUUGAUGAUAAAACAAAUGAUGUUACGUAUCCAACCGUUCUGGUGGCUCAGCACGUUCGCGCAGCUCACAUUUAUAACAUCUGUUUUAAACCAGUGAAGAUGAACUUUGAAAUUGCCGGUCUAUGGUCACUGAUGGAAGUUGAUCUGGAAUUUGACGGUGUCUAUUUCCAGAGACUAAUGGAACUAUUUGAUGAUAUGGAGAUGAAAAAGGAAGACGAUGAAUACGUUACAUUCAUCGCACCCAUUCUAAAGUAUCGCAUUUAUGAGAAAAUCUAAAUCGAGGCUGUUGUCUCUCAAUCAAAUCAAAUGAGUCGAUAUUCAAAGAAGCAAAACAAAAAUAUUUCAAUUUCUUUGUGGAGAAAUAUCAGUUUAUUAAAUUUCAAGUUUUUCAACAGUCGAUGUUGGUUAUUCUGAAACAAAAACAAAAUAAAUUCACGCAACGUGUUGAUUCUUUUUCUAUAUUUA